AAGAUGGACCACAACGAGAUCUCGAUGAGCAUGGACGUCAAGCUGGAUACACACGACAAGCGGCCAGUGGCGCUGCGCUACAAGACGUGGACGCGCUGCCAGGUGAAAAUCGAGGCCAUCAAGUGUGUGCCCUGCUUCCUGCGGCUGAGCUUCCAGUCGCAGGAGACGGAGGCGCAGGACCAUCAUCCCGCCAAGCCCAUUAGUGUCUCCGUGAACGUUCCAGGAGUCAGCCUAAGCCUGGCCACGUCCCGCACCAAGCAGCACUCCUACGGGCUCUUCUGGACGCAGAACCGUCGCGACUGCUUCAUCUACUUCGCCCUGGAAACGGAGACCUCCUGCCGGCGGCACAUGAAGUGGAUGCGCAAGUCCAUCAAGAACCUGGAGCUCUACCGCCAGGUCUUCCUCGAGCAGCGUCGCCUGAGCCGCGGUCCUGGUGCUCUUGGCCCGCUGCCCAAUCUGCCAGAGAACCUGGACGCCAGCGUCCUCUCGCCGCGCGUCUCGCAGAUCUACGAGGAGAUCUUCGACGGCAGCCGCAUCUCGCGAGUGUCCAUCGCCUCGGGCAUCUACGAGGAGAUGAAGCCCUCGGUCAUGGAGACGCCCUCGCCGCCGCCGCUGCCCGCUCAUCCCCAUCGCCAGCGCAUCAACACCUUUGAUAUUCCCCGCUCCAGCACCAAUCCCGAGUCGGAGUUGGCCAAGAAGAAGAAGUACAAGAACAUGCUGGACACUCUGUUCGGCGGUCAGCGGCAGAAGCAGCAGCAGGAGGAGGAGGAGGCGCUGCCGCUCUACGAGAAUGCUCCCACCCCGGAGCCAGUGAAGCGCACUUCCCAGCUAAGCAAGUCGCAGCGCAACAGCUUCUCCAGUCCCGAUCUCUCCAAGCUCAAUUUGCUGGACACCUUUGGCGAGUAUUUCGGCGAGCAGAACCACGAGUCCAGCCUGGAGCUUAACAUCAGUCUGGACGAGUCGGCCAUUGAGCCGAUUUCGCGCCAUCAGAUUGUGGCGCAGAUCACCAGCCAGCUGAGCAGGGCCGACUCCCUGGAGAGCCUCAACGUAUCGGAGCAACUGCCAUACAAUUUCAACUUUUCCGCCUGCAACACGUCCACCAUCAAUCUCAUCGGAUCGCAUGGAGCUGUGCCGCAGAGCAAUCUGCUGAAGAAAAACAAGAUCCUGGAGGACGAUCUCACGGGCUACUGUGUGAUGGCGCCUAUUUUGAAGACGGUAAAGGAGCUGCCACCGCAGCCAGCUGGCAGCACGGUCUCCACUUCGUCCGGUUACUCCACCGGCUCCUACUGCUCCUCCACCAGCAGCUGCAACACCGAGGAUCAGCCCACCAAGACGCAGCAGGCGGCGGCGGCCAACGAGAGUGACAUCUACGAAGCCAUGCACGGCAGCUCCUUGAAUAGCACGGUUGGUGCAGCUGCCGCUGGAUUUGCAGAGCAUCUCUACGAGAACCUGUUGGCGGUGAAGGCCGCACAGGAGCUGGAGGCACAGCCACUUGGUAUCGGACUAAGCACCAGCACACCCACCGAAUCUCCACUGGCGCCCGCUUUGCCGCAGAAGGGAACGCCCAAGCAGAAGCCCGAGGAGGAGGAGGAGAACUACUACCAGACGCCGAGGAAGUCGAUCAUCAGCGUGGACGACAAGAUACCCUCCUACUAUCCCAACAGCUGCGACACUCUCAAGUCGAAGCGACGCAGUCCCACCGAACAUGGCCCCAGUUUGAGGCACCUGGUCAGCUCCAAGUUGCGACGCGAGCGGAAGGAGAACCUCUACAUCUCAUCGCCCCAACAGAUCAUCGAACAGCGCCACAAGGCGGCCACCAUCUCAUCAUCAUCUUCAUCAUCGUUAGCCAAGACUAAAAUCUCAACCAAGAAGACUGCCGCCCACAAAAUCUCGGAGAGCGUUUAUGCUGUCACCCAUCCAGUUAAGCGCCCAAAUAGCACCAAUAGUCAGAGCAUCCAAAACAAUAACAAUAACAAUGAGGGCGUGGACGAUGAGCUACUGCAUUUGACCAUGCUGAAGAACAUUGACUUUAAGUUCGACGAUGGGCAAGUGGGUGAAGAUUCUAGCCAGCCAAAGGAGAAGGAGCAGCAGAACGAGGCCACGCGAAUCCUGCAGAAGUACGCCACGCUGGCCAUUCGUUCGCCAAACAAACAAAAGACAGCUGAAAAGCAUCCGGAGCCCAUGAUGCAGUCCGUGGCCACCACAAACGAACUGCAACCUGCAGGAAGCGGCAUGAAGAAGUUCGCCUCGCUGCCACGCUUCAAGAAAAUUGACUUUUCUCCACUGAAGAUGCGGCUCAACAAUGUCCUGCAGCGAAAUCCUCCGUCGCCGCAGCAGUAG